AUGUCGAGUCACGAUUGGUCGAGGGAUUUAUCAUUGGGUCGGGAUGCGCCAGAAGAUGGGAUAGGAAGAGAGACAUCAGAUGUACCAACGCACGACAUAGAGGAAGAUUGGGAUGAGGGGAUGAUGCAUGGUUAUAUGCCACAGACUGAUAGUCCAGCCGAGGAUCGAGACUACGAGAACCCCGGAAGGAGAGACCACUCAAUCUCUCCUUAUAUAUCCUCCAUUCACUCUCAUGGGACAAGAUCUCGAGUUCAUCAUCCACAAAUCAUGGAUGGGAAUGCUCGGGGUGAGCAUUCCGGAUCCGCUAAUCAACCAGCACGGCAAGAUGCUAGGCCACUGAUGGAACAAGACGGUCAACAACGAGCCGAUCCAACUCUUUCCAUGGUGCAUGAUCUCUUAUCUCAAGUUCUUCACCGAGCUGCAUCAGGUCCGGGAAAUGGAGCAACUCCACCACCAGACUUUCUCAAAAUAGUAACUACUAUGAAGACUUUGGGAACUUACCACUUUGGAGGCGAGCCAGAUCCUUAUCAGGCGGAUUCAUGGUUAUAA